CUUUGUUAAGAAACUCUUUAUAAAAAACAUCCGGAGAACAGAGGAGAUGGCUACGGGUGCCAAAGAGCUUCCAAAGGUGUACACAGAGAACACAUGGACGGAGGAGAGGAAUGGCGAUAGAGGCAUCGUCAAGUAUCCAAGAGAGAUGAACAUUACUAAUGUUGAUAACGGCAAGUCCUGGAUCUGGCACUCCCUAGUCUUCGGAAGCAUUGGUAGAUUAGGGAUGGAAGCGCCGAAACUGAUGGGGGCGACGCAUGUGGAGAUCCGUGGGAAAUAUGACAUGUCUAGACUCACACCGGGUCUGAAAUAUCAGGCGGUGUUACUAUGCAUGUUGACAGAUCCUAGUGAGGGAUGGGAUUCCUGUCUUUUGAAACUAGAGCUUAACCUACCUGAUGGAACUAGCCAAAAGCGCAAAGUAGACCUAACAAAAUUCCCAAAGGAUGAGCUCGUGAUGAUGGUGCUCGGUUACUUUGAGGCUGUUGAGAGUGGUGACAUCACUUUCUCUGCUGUUGAAACUUCAAACUGCGUGAAGAAGGGACUCGUCAUCAAGGAUUCCGCCCUCCGUCCGCUCCCUCGUUAG